AUGGUGGUCACACGUUUUGUCGGUCGUGUAAAUUUGGAAUGGUCAGGUAAAACUUUGUUUGAAAUAGCCACUAAUUUGAAAAACAAUGGAGUCGGUAGAGUUGUGUACCGCCACAGUUUUCUAACUCGGUAUCCAGAAAAAAGUUAUUAUCGUCUAACUGCCGUCACACCAUAUCUAGAUGACUGGCAUCGAAAGAGUGGUUUAGCGUAUGGUAUCAAAGUGUUUCGUGGUAAAGUAUUUGAGAAUCCACGCUUGAUUAAAGCUGGUAACAAAGCAGACUGGCGCUUGGUGCCCAUUGAGGAAGAAGAGGAGUUCUGUCGGCUUACUGAAUCCGAUGUGAGGCCCGAGAGAAUUAUACCUAAAUUUGCAGCUUUCCCUCCAUUACUUGAAGUGAUGCUACGCCAGGAAAUGAUGGCGAAAGGAGAAACACCACCAGAUAAAAUGCACCUGCCUCUUCGAAUUGCAAAGAGUCAUUUCUCCACCCCAGUUCAACAAUCAGACCAAAUAUUGUCAAAUAAAUUGUAA